UUUGGGAAACAGUACUGCUUGUGUUCCGUCCGCCGUUAAACAAAACUAUGAAGGGUUCUGCAGUUAUAGCGUCGUGCGUUUUGCUGAGUAUGGUUACCUGGUCGCAGUGUUUGCCGUACGGCGGGUACCAACAGCAGGCCCAGUCAUUCGGCGCCCACAAACGGUCGUACAACAACUACCUCCAUGGGCAACAACAACAUCAGGCAUUGGACCUGUACAGCCAUCACACUUCACAGGCACAGGAGGAACACGAGGACCAUCACGAACCGAUGAACUACUCGUUCCACUACGACGUGCACGACCCACACACCGGUGACGUGAAGAGCCAGCACGAGACGAGGUCCGGCGACGUGGUGAACGGGUUCUACACGCUGGUAGAACCGGACGGUACCAUUCGGACGGUAAAGUACACGGCGGACAAGCAUAACGGAUUCAACGCCGUGGUGGACCGCAAGAAACCGAACUUCGAUGUCGGUUCGUUCAACUACCAGCAUUAACAUCAUCACUACAUUUGGCGACGUCCCAUACAUACCUACACAGACACGGGCACAGUGGCGUGCUCAGCUUUUUUUUUUUAAAGGGGUAGGGAUACGAAUUUUCGAUUAUUUUCACGCCACGUCAUAACGACAAAAAAUAUAUUUUCUUGCAUUGAUUCGCAGGUGCUGUACUUAAUUAUAAUAAUAUACUAUUAAUCGUGUAUAAGGGGAAUUUGUAUAGUAAGUUACUGAUGUAACAUCUCGACGUAAAUCACAGUGGAUUGCGGUAAAUAUGUUCACCUUAAUUUAUCGUGCAUUUUAUUUUCAUCAAUAAGCUUAACUUAUACGAAAAGCUAAAAAUUAAAAUGAAUAGACAAAAAAAAAAAAAAAAAAAUGUAAAUAGUGGAUAUUUCACCACUCUCCCCGUAUACACACCAAUGUGAAGUAUCUAAAAACAAAAUACUGCAUAUUGCUUUGCUUGUUGUAUGAACAACCAUCCGUUACACUAAAACUUACUCUCUCCACCCCCGCUAGUCAUUUACCACGUCGCUCAUACAUUUCAAUACAUUUUAAAUACUUUUAUAGCUUAUAAUAUGGAUAUAUUGUGUAUAAUAAUGUUAUUAAUAUAAUGUAUUUAUGUAAUAUAAAAUCCCUACUUUUUAACAUGAUAUACAAAUUCUAAAUUACGCCGCAUAACAUGAGAACAAAAAUAAAACGAUCGUAAGAAGAUAUUACUUGUGACUAAACCCCUUAAAGUAACGCGAUUAGUUAUAUAUUUCUAACAGCAUCCUCUGUCUUUCAGAUCUUAAUCAUAUUUACAUCACGGUUUGCAUAUUAUUUUUCUCAUGUUAUGUAUAUUCCUAUAUAUUAUAGUUUUUUUUUUUUCAUUGUAAGUAAUAAUAACGUUUUUAUCUACUAAUUCUAAUAACUCAGUUAUUUUUUCGAUUAAAUAAUUUUAUAAAUAAUAUAAAAAUCUUCUCGAGUAUACUACGACCGGUAAACACGUUGAGAAUUCACAAUCCAUAAAGUUUAUAGUUUAUAUUACACUUUUUAUACUGUAUUUUAAUUUUUUAAGUCAAGUCAAAACAUUACACUUAAUUU